CGGACUACACGGGCGUGCCGGCGUGCGGAGUUGAAGCGGGGUUUAGCUGCUCUGGGUAUGCGCGACUGCGCGCGUAGGCGUCGGGCUUUGAAAUGCAGCGGGAUUUAUUGAGUUUCCCGCUGUCCCCAGCGGUGCGGGUGAAGUUGGUGUCUGCAGGUUUCCAAACUGCUGAGGAACUCCUAGAGAUGAAACCAUCCGAGCUCAGCAAAGAAGUUGGGAUUUCUAAAGAGGAAGCAUUAGAAACUCUGCAAAUUAUAAGAAGAGAAUGUCUCACAAAUAAACCAAGAUAUGCUGCUGCAGCUGAGUCAGGGAAGAAGUGUACAGCACUGGAACUUCUUGAGCAGGAGCAUACCCAGAGCUUCAUAAUUACCUUCUGUUCAGCACUAGAUAAUAUUCUUGGGGGUGGAAUACCCUUAACCAAAACAACAGAAAUUUGUGGAGUACCAGGUGUCGGAAAAACACAAUUAUGUCUGCAGUUGGCAGUAGAUGUGCAGAUACCAGAAUGUUUUGGAGGAGUGGAAGGUGAAGCAAUUUUUAUUGAUACUGAGGGAAGUUUUAUGGUUGAUAGAGUGGUAGACAUUGCUACUGCCUGCAUUGAGCACCUUCACCUUAUAGCAGGAACACAUAAUAUGGGAGAGGAGCACCCAAAAGUUUUGGAGGAUUUCACUCUUGAAAAUAUUCUUUCCCAUAUUUACUAUUUUCGUUGUCGUGACUACACAGAGCUAUUGGCACAAGUUUAUCUCCUUCCAGACUUCCUCUCAGAACAUUCAAAGGUUCGAUUAGUGGUAGUGGAUGGUAUUGCUUUUCCUUUUCGUCAUGACCUAGAUGACCUCUCCCUUCGUACUCGAUUACUAAAUGGCCUAGCCCAGCAAAUGAUCAGCCUUGCAAAUAACUACAGAUUAGCUGUACUCUUAACUAAUCAGAUGACAACAAAGAUUGAUAGAACUCAGGCCUUGCUGGUUCCUGCAUUAGGUGAAAGUUGGGGACAUGCUGCUACAAUACGGCUAAUCUUUCAUUGGGACCAAAAGCAAAGGUUGGCAACAUUGUGCAAAUCACCAAGCCAGAAGGAAUCUACAGUACUGUUUCAAAUCACACCUCAGGGAUUUAGAGAUGCUGUUGUUGCUCCUGCAUGUUCUUUGCAAUCAGAAGAUUCAUUGAAUUCCCGGAAACGGUCACGAGAAUCAGAGGAAGAACAGGAAUCCAAAGACCAGUCUUAAAGUAUACAUAUGUAUUGAUGCUGUGACGUGUAAUGUAUACAAAGUAGUAGACUCAUUACUUUAAAAUAUUAACACUAUGGGAUGUAUGAAUCAAGAGCAUAGGAAGUGAAUGUGAAAAACAUGUAAUGAGUAUGAUACUCUGAAUUUUUCAAAAGCAGUUUUACAAUUAUAUUUUGGCCCAUUUUCAUUUUUAGUAACAUUCAGCAGAGACGAUACAGGUAUUGUAUUUUUGCAGAUGUGGAAAGCUGAUCUCAUGUGGCCAAUCUGAAUCUACCAUUCAGACUGUUUUUUUCCUCUUUUGCUAAUUGCCUAGAAAACCCUAAGAAGAAAAUUUUUUUCACAUUCCUAUUUUGUUCUCUUCAAAUGUAGUUUUCAUAAUUCUUAGAAAUGAUUUGUUAUUAUAAUGAAAAGCCAGCACCAUGAGUCAGCAUAUUAUUGUAUUCGGUUUUAAUAGUAGGAUAUAAACUUUAGAUGACCAAUGUGAUCUAAGCCAUUUGUAUAUUUAAUGUUAUUUGAUAAUGUUAAGGGAAGGACUUUAGAGCUAUUACCCUAUCUAGAAAUUGUCUAGAAUAUACAUCUUCCAGAAUAGUCAAGUUGAUAAACUCACAGUUAUUUAUUUCUACAUUUUUUAAAUACGGUGUGAUCCAUUCUAGAAUUCUAGAUGUAUUGACAUUUUCCUUUGAAUAAUCUUAACACUGUUUGAAUAACUUAAAAAUUUGGAUUCUUGAAUGUUUUUAAAAUCAUCUAAAAAUGUUUUGGCACCUGAUUCUUCUUAGUACUUUUCAAUUCAUUCACAGAUUUACUGUGGUUCCCAACGGAAGAGAAUUAUUUAAAUAAUUGGAUACUAUAUACUGUGACAACCAUGUUCUCCACAUUUUAGUGGCAAUUGGCAUUUCCUCUCCCAGAGUGAACACUAAAUUUAUAAAAUUUAACAAAAAUUUUUUUUAGUGUUUUAUUUAUUUUUAAGAGACAGAGCAUGAGCAGGGGAAGG